AGUGAACUUCACCUCCAGACAGGCCAGUCAGCUCCAGCUCGACCAGGGAAGACCCCACACCUGCCUCCUCCUCCAGCAUGGCGACCCCUCUCACCGACCAGGAGAAGCGCAAGCAGAUCAGCAUCAGGGGCAUCGUGGGGGUGGAGAACGUGGCCGAGCUGAAGAAGGGCUUCAACCGACACCUGCACUUCACCCUGGUCAAAGACAGGAACAUAGCCAACCCCAGGGACUACUACUUUGCCCUGGCCCACACUGUGAGAGACCACCUGGUGGGGAGAUGGAUCCGGACGCAGCAGUUUUAUUAUGAGGCAGAUCCAAAGAGGGUGUAUUAUCUGUCUCUGGAGUUCUACAUGGGCAGGACGCUGCAGAACACCAUGAUCAACUUGGGGCUGCAGAACGCCUGCGAUGAAGCAAUCUACCAGCUCGGCCUGGACAUGGAGGAGCUGGAGGAGAUGGAGGAGGACGCCGGUCUCGGGAACGGAGGUCUGGGCAGACUGGCAGCGUGUUUCUUGGACUCCAUGGCCACCUUGGGUCUGGCUGCCUACGGUUACGGCAUUCGAUACGAAUAUGGAAUCUUUAACCAGAAGAUAAGAGACGGCUGGCAGGUGGAGGAGGCCGAUGAUUGGCUGAGACAUGGAAACCCCUGGGAGAAGGCGCGUCCUGAGUACAUGCUGCCGGUUCACUUCUAUGGACAUGUGGAGGACACGAAGGAUGGCUCCAAGUGGGUCGACACUCAGGUUGUCUUGGCGAUGCCGUACGACACGCCCAUCCCCGGCUACAUGAACAACACGGUGAACACCAUGAGGCUUUGGUCCGCUCGCGCCCCCAAUGACUUCAACCUGAGAGACUUCAAUGUUGGAGAUUACAUCGAGGCUGUGCUGGACAGAAAUCUGGCAGAGAACAUCUCCCGUGUGCUUUACCCCAACGACAAUUUCUUUGAAGGAAAAGAACUUCGUCUGAAGCAGGAAUAUUUUGUCGUGGCCGCGACGCUACAAGACAUCAUCCGCCGCUUCAAGACCACGAAGAAAGGAACACCUGCUCGCACGUCCUUCCAAAGCUUCCCCGACAAGGUGGCCGUCCAGCUGAAUGACACUCAUCCAGCCAUGGCCAUCCCCGAGCUGAUGAGAAUCUUUGUGGACAUUGAGAAGAUUGACUGGGACACGGCCUGGGAUCUGACGCAACGCACCUUCGCCUACACCAACCACACGGUCCUGCCCGAGGCUCUGGAGCGAUGGCCCGUGCAUCUGCUGGAGACGCUGCUGCCCAGACACCUGCAGAUCAUCUACCAGAUCAACCAGGCCCACCUUGACAGAAUCGCAACUCUGUAUCCGAAAGACGUGGAAAAACUGAGGAAGAUGUCUCUGAUCGAGGAAGACGGCUGCAAGAGGGUGAACAUGGCUCACCUGUGCAUCGUGGGCUCACACGCCGUGAAUGGAGUCGCUGAGAUACACUCCAACAUCAUCAAGACUCAAGUGUUUCGUGAUUUCAAUGAAAUGGAGCCCGACAAGUUCCAGAACAAAACCAACGGCAUCACUCCCAGACGCUGGCUGCUGCUCUGCAACCCCGGACUGGCCGAGCUCAUCGCCGAGGUCAUCGGAGAGGAUUAUGUCAAGGACCUCAGUCAGCUGCAGAGGCUCAAGGACUUUGUCGACGACGCUGCCUUCAUCCGCGACGUCUCCAAAGUGAAACAGGACAACAAGGUGAAAUUCGCUCAGUACCUGGAGAACGAGUACAGGGUGAAAAUCAACCCGUCCUCCAUGUUCGACGUGCACGUGAAGAGAAUCCACGAGUACAAGCGGCAGCUCCUCAACUGCCUGCACAUCGUCGCCAUGUACAAUCGCAUCAGAAAAUGCCCCAAAGCUCUUUUCGUGCCACGAACGGUGAUCAUCGGUGGAAAGGCGGCUCCAGGGUAUCACAUGGCAAAACUGAUCAUCAAGCUGAUCACCUCAGUGGCCAACGUGGUGAACAACGACCCCCUGGUGGGAAACAAGCUGAAGGUCAUCUACCUGGAGAACUACAGGGUGUCGCUCGCAGAGAAAGUGAUCCCGGCCACAGAUCUGUCCCAGCAGAUCUCCACUGCCGGCACCGAGGCCUCAGGAACUGGGAACAUGAAGUUCAUGCUGAACGGAGCUCUGACCAUCGGCACCAUGGACGGAGCCAACGUGGAGAUGGCCGAGGAGGCCGGAGAGGAGAACCUGUUCAUCUUCGGCAUGAGGGUGGAGGACGUGGCUGCGUUGGACGAAGAGGGCUAUGAUGCAAUGACGUACUACAAGAGGAACCCUGAGCUGAAACAAGUGAUGGACCAGAUCACAGGUGGAUUCUUCUGCCCUGAAAAUCCAGAGCUUUUCAAAGACCUCACCAACAUGCUCUUCAAACAUGACCGUUUCAAAGUGUUUGCAGACUUUGACGACUAUAUGGAAUGUCAAGAGAAGGUCAGCCUGCUCUAUCAGAAUCCGAAGGAGUGGACGAAGAUGGUGAUCAGGAACAUUGCAGCCACGGGAAAGUUUUCCAGCGACAGAACCAUCACGGAGUACGCGACCCAGGUGUGGGGCGUCGAGCCGACCGACCUGAAGAUCCCGGCGCCGAACGAGCCGCGGGAGGCCAUCAUCGAAACGGCCAGAGCUCUGAAGAAAAUGUGAAGCUGUUUCCCAACGGAAUGGCAGCUGUAAUGUUUACAAUCUGUUGUUCUGUGCCUUUCGCCUUCC